AUUGUGCCAAUUUUAAUCGAGAAUAAAGGGAUAUCCACGGUUUAAAAAAAUCAGAUUCAUGUGCAAAUAAAUUGCUUAUCCCAUAUUUUUUUUUAUUACAAGCUCAUUCUGAUCAUGGGGUCACAAUACGGACAUAUGUAAUGAGUCAUAAAGCUAUAAUGAAUAAAGCAUACUUUAUCAGACGGGUUAUGAAUGAGCUGGGAAACAAGAGGAAGUGUGAUAAAACAUAACAGGGAUAACUUUGGAGAAACGAAUGAACUUAAUUUCAAGUCUUAGUUAUCUUUUUAUUGGUGAACAUGGAGGACCUUCUGAAUUGGCUCGAAAAUGCUCGGGUUAUAUCCGACUCCGUCAAAGAAAAGAUCACGAAUGCAGAGUCACCGCCUAACAAACUGCUGGACCAGCUCCGGAAUGGUCUGAUUCUCGUUCAACUGGCUCAGAGCUUGGACAAGAAUCUGCUCCAGGACUCGAUCAACGUGCGACCCACCACAGAAAUUCUGAAGGAGCAAAAUUUUAAGAGGUUCCUCAAUGCAUGUAAGGCCCAAAAAAUUUCCAUACCCAAGCCUCUGAAGAGCUUCCAAGGGAUGGUAUUACAGAAUUUAGAUGACAUAUUAGAAAUUCUCUUCAAAGUCUCAAAAGAAAUUGGUCGAAUACAUCCGAAAAUCAAACCCUUGGAAUCCAUUCCGAAAAUUGAUCACGCAUUGACCAUGCGGCUCUCCCUAUCCGAUGAUAUCUAUGAGAGUCCGUAUAAAAUGACAAGGACUUCUGAUAUUGGGGCUUUCUAUGAAGAUGUCGGCAAACUCACCAAAAAAGACGCGUCCAAAACCGGAGUCGAAAACGCUUUUGAUGAGCUAAUAGCCGUCGAAAGCCGUUACUUAACUCGUAUCGAAGUAUUGGCCAAACUAUCGAAAAAAAUUACCAACCUCGAGGUUCAAGGAUGGUUUUUUGAUGUCACCCAUUGGUCGUCAUUGCUUCACAAGUUCCACUUAUGCUUGAAAGAGCAACUUGAUGAAGUCACCAUCAACGAUUUUUGCUUGUUAUUUGUGAAGUUCAAGCCCGGUUUCACCUAUUACUGUCCAUUGAUUGACAGUUGUGAGAAAAUAAAGCACAAGCUAAAGACAAUGAGCGAUCUGUCCUCUUCGGAAUUUCGCAAGGCUUUCGAGGAUGCGCAAAAAAGCCUCAAAAACACAGAAAUUUCUCAUCAUAAGAUUAUGUCCCCAGACGAGCUCUUGAAUGUGCCGUUUACCCACAUUAUGCGGUAUCUUUUGAUGCUAAGGAAAUUCAGAGACGAAGCCAAGAAACAGAAGUUCUUUUUGAAUGGACUCGCUGAGGCCAUAGACACAAUGAAAGAUGUCAACAACUUUAUCGAAAUCUUCAAACAUGACACCGAUAAUAUGGAAGCCACCCGGUUGGCUGUAAAAACUAUUCAUUUUCCACAAGGUAAAGGAUCAAAGAAGUCCGGAAAAUCUGUCGAUUUUCACCGUGACUUUGGACGUCUCAUGUUGGAUGGUAAGAUGAAAAUCGCGCAAAACCCCAACGGAAAGCAGCCAAAAACAAAAUAUGUUAUGGGAUUCGAGUUUGUCAUAUUCAUCUUGAAGAUAUCGUCAGCGGUUUCCUUGCGCGACACGGAGCUGUCCCAUGAAAAGUCUAUUUAUACCAAAGAAAUACAAUCCAUUCAAGAUGACGAGAAAAGUUUGAUUCAAGUGUUUAUGCAACAAGACUCUUUUUCAAUUGUGGAGACAAAUCCAUCCAAGCGAUUGAGUAUCAAAUCAUUGCUUGAAAAAUUAUGCCCAAAAGUAUCCAAGGUCCACCAAUGCGGGGGCAAUGAACUUACUCAAGUUCCUCCUCAAUAUGUCUUGGGAAAGGAUCCGGAUCGAACCAACUUUACCAGCUGGUUGGCGUUUUGCCAAAGCCCAGAUUGUAAGAGAUUGCUACCUGGCCGGAUCACCAUUGGUGUCAAAUGUUGCAAUUGUAAACAACUUUACCAUGAGCAUUGCUUUUAUGAAGGCUUCUAUAAGUCCCCAAAUCCUGCCGAUGAGACUGACGACGAAAGCAAGUUGGCCCAUAGAAAUCCGUUGCUGGGAAUGGGCCAUGUGGCAAUUGGAGACCGUUCUCUCAAGAAUAUCUUAACGAGUAAUUCGCAAUAUCCCAGUGGCACUUAUCUGAUAUACUGUAACGAAGAAAAGCAAAACUUUGUUGUCGCCGUCAAAAUCAAGACCGAGAAGAAGGGAUUGAGAAUCCAUAAGUACAUUGUGGUUUGUGAAGGCAAUGACAGAUUUCAGUUGGAAGGUGCCAAUAACAGACUGAGUCCUUUCUCGUCUUUCACCGAUUUGCUUAACUUCUACAGCAAACGAAUGAAGCUCAAAGACAAUCUUUUAGAGCUAAUGGAUAACGAGCGGCAAAGAAAGGAAGGCCAAGAUGAAGCUUUUAUCGACGUGUUUUCCGAUGAUUCUGAAGCUGGCGAACCGAAUUUGCCAUCAAAUAGGUCAGAAGUUCAAUUCAAUCGAAACAUAUCGGGUCGGGUAGCGCAAUGCGGAACAAGGGCACCGUCUGAAUCCGAAUUGGAAUUGGAAUCCGAUGCCACGUCCGAUGCCACAUCCAAUGCCACGUCCGAUGCCACGUCUGAUUGCACGUCCGAUUCCAGAUCCGAAUUUGAAUCUGCAUCCGACUCAGACGCAAGCGAAGCAAACGAUUGGGAAGGGUACAAUUUAAACGAAUUGAUUCAAAAAGGCGUCGAUGACGCAUAUGCGAAAAGUACCAUUCUCAAACAAAGGCCCGGGGUUUUCAUGCUAACCUACAACGAGAAGACAAAAUACAUCAACAUCUAUGUCGCCCGGAAAGGAAGGAAAAUCACCAAAAUCACGCUCAUGAAAACCUCAACCGGAUUUCAAACGCUUCACGAAACAGGAAUACAUUAUGCCACUUUCUCAGACUUGAUGUUUCAAAUUCAAACAAAAACGAAAGUGCCACUCAAACCGCUUUUGUUAGCUGAAACAACAAAUGAGCCACGUCUGGAGACUAAUGCGUCAGAGAGCCAUCAAGCGUUCAACAACCCUUGUCCAUCAGCGCUUUCCAGUUCUUCGAAACGGUCUUUACAAUCUAUUCUGGAAAGGACCUUGGUCAUGGAACCCAGAGACAAACCCAUGGGUGCAACCUCUAAGGAAUUAAGCAACAGACAUUCGUUAGUGCCAGGGGCUUCAAGAUAUUCCCAGAUCAGAUCUGAAGAACAAGCCUCCAAUGGCUCUAGGAACAGCACCAUCGAGGACCCUACUCAACUCCCAUUUUACGUGGGACAAAUAGACAAGGUCAAGGCGACGAAACUUCUUUCUAAUCGGGAAAACGGAACAUUUCUUCUUCGUAAAAACGUUCAAAGUCAAUAUCGCAUUUCAUUGAAACAAAUAGGAAUGACGAAACACUUAAUUGUAAUGCGUGAAAAUGGACUAUACUGGAGUGGAAGCCAAUCGGACGAGUCCAUCUCGGGUCUGAUCGAUCAAUAUCGUAGCCCUGGAAAACGAUACCACUUGCAUUUUGAAUAUAAACGAUGAGGAGUGUUGGCCAAGAUAUUAAAAAAAUGUAGUAGAAGACAAAAAAUAACCUUUUUUAUGCACAUCAAAGCUUAAAUAAAUGAAUCUUUAUCUGCU